AUGGCCCACACAGAGGAUGACCUGAUCGGGAUUCCGUUCCCCAACCACAGCAGUGACGUCCUGUGCAGCCUCAACGAGCAGCGCCGCGCCGGGUUACUCUGUGAUGUAGUCCUCAUCGUACAAGACCAGGAGUACCGUACCCACCGCUCGGUCCUUGCUGCCUGCAGCCAGUACUUCAAGAAGCUCUUCACGGUGGCCUCCGACGGAGGGGACCAGCACGGGGUGUUUGAGAUAGACUUUGUGGCCCCCAAGUCGCUGACGGCCAUCUUGGAGUUUGCUUAUACGUCCACGCUGACGGUGACGGUGUCCAACGUAAAGGAGAUCCUUGGAGCUGCUCAGAUGCUGGAGAUUCCUUGCAUCAUCAAAGUGUGUCUGGACAUUAUGAACUCUGGCGAGGGAGGAGGUGGAAGAGGAGAGGAGGAAGAGGAUGAGGAUGUAGAAGAAGAGGAGGAAGAUGAUGAAGAGGUGGAGAAAGACAUGGAGGAGGAUGAUGAGUCGAGGAAGGACGAGCAGGAGGAUAACGAGGAGGAUAAUGCCAGUGAGAGGUCAAUGAGGUCGUCAGAGAGUCAGGACCAGGUCGGGUCAGAGAGAGGAGCAGCUCCCAGUCCACCCAGUACCUCCCAGUACCAGCAGCAGUACGAGCUGCAGCAGAAGGACAGGAAGUGUCGGGACACAGACUCUCAGUGUGAGAAACCCCGGCAGGAGCAUGACAGCAUGGAGAGCCGAACCCUCAAGGACUUUUCCAUUGAGUCCCUGCUACAGGAAGGGCUGUACCUUAAAAUGCCAUCAGUCCCGGACAGGAGGGCUAACUUUUCCCCUCUGCUCCCCGGCUUCUACCCUCCCAUGUGGGCCGCAGAGUUCCCAGGCUUCCCCCCACAGGUCCUAGAUCCCAACCACCACGCCCCGACUCCCCGCCCCUCCUACCCCCCCCAGCUGGACAACAGACCCCUAGACCUGGCUGUGAAGAGAGAGAUCAUCAAGGAGGAGCUAAAGGAGGAAGUCCCGCCCAGCAUGCUCCAUGGGGACUUCCUGAAAAACUUCAUGAAUUCCGGCCUAUCAGGAAUGGGGGUGGGGGUGGUGGGGUCUGAGGGGUCUCACCUCCACCUGGGCCAGAUAAAGGACGAGGCAGACUUCCGCUCCUACAUGAGCUUCCUGAGCACAUCGAGCCACCUGGGGGCGCUGUUCCCUCCUUGGCAGCUGGAGGAAGAGAGGAAGAUGAAGCCUAAAGCCUCCCAGCAGUGUCCUAUCUGUAACAAGGUGAUCCAGGGGGCAGGGAAACUACCCAGACACAUGAGGACCCACACAGGAGAGAAACCAUACAUGUGCACCAUCUGUGAGGUGCGAUUCACCAGGUAUGACAAAUUCAUAUACACUGUGUCCGAAUACCCAUACUUGUGUUCUAAAUAGCAGGCUUUUUGUGUUAAAAAAUAUAAUGUUUUAUAGUAUGCAUACAGUGCCUUCAGAAAGUAUUCAUACCCCUUUACUUAUUCCACAUUUUGUUCUUACAGCCUGAAUUCAAAAUGGAUCAAAUAUAUUUUUUUCUCACCCAUCUACACACAAUACAGAAAUAUGAAAUACAGAAAUAUCAAAUUUACAUAAGUAUUCACACCCCUGAGUCAAUUCAUGUUAGAAUCACCUUUGGCAGCGAUUACAGCUGUGAGUCUUUCUGGGUAAGUCUCUAAGAGCUUUUCACACCUGGAUUGAUAUUUUUUAAAUUCUUCAAGCUCUGUCAAAUUGGUUGUUGAGCAUUAAUAGAGCCUUGCCAUAGAUUUUCAAGUAGAUUUAAGUCAACACUGUAACUAGGCUACUCAGGAACAUUCACUGUCUUCUUGGUAAGCAACUCCAGUGUAUAUUUGGCCAUGUGUUUAAGGUUAUUGUCCUGCUGAAAGGUUCAUUAAUCUGGUGGAAAGCAGAAUGAACAAGGUUUUCCUCUAGGAUUCCAUUUUUUUUUUUUUCUGAAAAACUCCCCAGUCGUUAAUGAUUACAAGCAUACCCAUAACAUGAUGCAGCCACCACUAUGCUUGAAAAUAUGGAGAGUGGUACUCAGUAUUGUGUUGUAUUGGAUUUGCCCCAAACAUAACCCUUUGUAUUCAGGACAAAAAGUUAAUUGCUUUGCCACAUUUUUUGCAGUAUUACUUUAGUGCCUUGUUGCGAACAGGAUGCAUGUUUUGGAAUAUUUUCUAUUCUGUACAGGCUUCCUUCUUUUCACGCUGUCAAUUAGAUUAGUAUUGCGGAGUAAAUACAAUGUUGUUGAUCCAUCCUCAAUUUUCCUCUCUCAAAGCCAUUAAAUUCACCAUUGGGCUCAUAGUGAAAUCCUUGCGUGGUUUCCUCUCUGACAACUGAGUUAGGAAGGACGCCUGUAUCUUCGUAGUGACAAAGUGUAAUUAAUAACUUCACCAUGCUCAAAGGGUUAUUCAAUGUCUGCUUUUUUUAUUUUUACCCAUCUACCAAUAGGGGCGUUGGAAAACCUCCCUGGUCUUUGUGGUUGAAUCUGUGUUUGAAAUUCAAUGCUCGACUGAGGGACCUUACAGAUAAUUGCAUGUGUGGGGUACAGAGAUGAGCUAGUCAUAAAAAAAUCAUGUUAAACACUACUUUCUAAAGGCACUGUAUGCGAAACUUAGGAAAUUCAAUAUGCUUUAAAUGCCAGGAUUUCAUACUCAUUUUGGCUUUUCAUCUAGUAGAAUUCGCUGCAUGCGAUUGAGAAAGAUAAUCGUCUUUCAUACCCACGUGUGUUUGACAACAGCUGAUAAUUAGCUGAUAAUGAGUUAAGGGACGCGCUGUAUCAAAAUGAACGAAUGGCGGGAAAUCAGAUGAUGAAUUCUCAGUAUGAGUCUAGUAUGUUGAUACUUGUUGCUUACUGCGUAAGUAUGUAGUACGAUUAGUACACAGUAUGUCGCUUUAGUAAGUAGUAGGCAAGACAGAUUUCGGACACGGCAACUAUCCUCACACUGUAAUAGGUCUUAUUAGUCCAAUAGGCUAUACAGAAUGUGGAUGCGUAAAACAAAGUGCUUCCCAAUCAUCUUUUUACAAUCAUCUUUUUACACACCAAUCAUCUUUUUACACUGCUUCCCAAUCAUCUUUUUUAUCCAUAGGAGUACCCUUUGAAUAACCCUUUUUGGUUCCAGGUAGAACCCUUUUGGGUUCCAUGUAGAACCCUCUAUGGAAAGGGUUAUACAAGGAACCCAAAAAAGUUAUACCUAGAACCAAAAGGGUUCUACCUGGAACCAAAAAGGGUUAUUCAAAGGGUACUCCUAUGGGGACAGCCAAAGAACCCUUUGAGGUUCUAGAUAGCACCUUUUUUUCUAAAAGUGUAGCAAUCAUGUUGACACCGGAGUUUGAGAUCUUGUAAGGACGAUGUUAUUAGGGUAAGGCAACAGUGUGUUUUUGUGGUUCAGGCGAAUUAAUUUUAUCCUCUCAUCUGAAUACCACUUGAGAGUCGAGACCUAAAAGGUGGAAACUGGAAUCCCCCUUUAAGGGUUUCUCAUUUCCUGCCUCUGUUCUGGCAUGAUAGUUUAACCUUCCAUCUAGUACCCCAAAGUAUACCUAUCUACAAUGCUUUCAUCUCUCUUAUAUCUUUCAAAACACAGACUAUAACUCAUUUUUUGUCUUUCCAGGCAAGACAAACUGAAGAUCCACAUGCGGAAGCACACAGGCGAGCGCCCCUAUAUCUGUCUCCACUGUAACUCCAAGUUUGUCCAUAACUAUGACCUAAAGAACCACCUGCGUAUCCACACAGGGGUGCGGCCCUACCAGUGUGAGCACUGCUACAAGAGCUUCACACGCUCAGACCACCUGCACCGCCACAUCAAGAGGCAGAGCUGCCGCGUCUCACGCCCUCGACGGGGCCGCAAGCCGGCCGCUUGGCGCUCAGUCAACAACUUCCUGCAGGGCCCUCCGGGCUCGGCCAAUCACCACGAGGACGGCAAGACGCUGUCUGAGAGGUCGGGCGGCUGCCGGCUCCUGCCCUCCCACAGGGGAGUUAGAGGUCAAAGUCUGGGCCUUGGGGAGAGAGAGAGACGGGCUCUGGUUCUGGGUGGUAAGAACCUGAGUUAUAAGGACUUGGACAGUGACAGCAGAGAGAGCAGAGAGAGCAGAGAGAGCAGGGAGAGCCGGGAGGCUCGGCACCGGUCAGACAGGAAGCACGUGGUGGACGAGGUGGAGAUGGAGAGACAGAGGGGCGUGUUCACCUUUUCCCUAGCGAGGCCUGGGGAGGAAGUCCUCACCCACUCUCCAUUUUAUACCCCUGACCCCUGGACCAUGAGACUGGAGAACCACACCCCUCAUAUCCCUGAGCCGGCCAACUAA